AUGGUCAUGAAGAUGAUGGAUACGGACGAGGAGGAGAGCACACGCGAUUUGGCUGAUCUAUGCUUCCAAAGGACUUUGGGCAAUCCUUUCUUUGUGAUCGAGUUCAUGAGUAUGCUCAAAAGAGAGGAUUUGAUCCAAUUUAAUAUCGGGACAAUGAAGUGGGUAUACAAAGUUUCAGCGAUUGAAGAAGCAACUGUGUCGACUGCGAACGUCGUUGCAAUGCUGAAAUCGAGGAUGCAAAAGAUGCCUGAAGAUGUCCAGGUGCUUCUCCAGGUUGCCGCAUGUCUUGGCCCAGCAUUUCGAUCGUCUAUCUUGGAAAUAAUCUGGAAAAACCUCUCAUAUGUAGAAACGAAAGGCGUGGUGGUGUCUGAUCUUACCAAACUGAUAUCAUUCAUUGAAUCAGAGUUGUUGGUUGAGGCAUGGGCGGGAGACAAUAGGUACAGAUGGGUGCACGAUAAAGUACAAGAGGCAGCAUUGUCAUUGGUACAAGUUGACGAAUUGGCUUUGAAAUUCGACUUGGGGAAAGCUUUAUACUAUAAUCUUCAGGGAAAGGAGCUUGAGGAUAGCUUGUUUGACAUCGCUGAUCUUAUAACAACUGGCAAUCGCACAAUAUCGGUCGAGUUUGCUUCCCUUUGCCUGAAGGCUGCAACGAAAGCAAAGAGUUUGUCAGCAUUCCAUUCCGCAACAAGAUACGCAAAAAGUGGAAUCGAAAUGCUUCCCGAAGACAUAUGGACGAGUAACCCGACAUUGGCCAUUGAACUCAAUACCAUUGGAGCACAAGUGGAACUGGCACUUGGUCGUGUGGAAGAAUCAAAGAACUAUUGUGACGCUGUUCUAUGCAGGAAGGGUACUGAGGUUGAUCGGCAAAUCCCGUUGAAAUUGGUGGAGAUACAGAGACUUGCAACAGUAGAAAUGAAGUAUUCUGAUGCGGUACAAAGUGGUCUAGGUCUAUUGAGAGAUUCGAAGAAUAGACUAUUCCGUAGUCGAAUCUUGCUUCCUUUACAGGCUAUAGCUGCACUUUCGAAGACGAUCAAGAUCAUCAAACGCCAACCAAAGGACUUCUAUCUACAUGUUGGUCGAAUGGACAACAAGAACAAGGCAAUGGCAAACAUUUUGGAGCGUAUAAUUUAUGCAUCCUUUCAUACAAAUGAAACAUUUCAAUUUAUCCUUUGUGAUUGCAAAAUCGCUCAGCUUUCAAUACAGCAUGGGCUCUGCGAGCACUCUGCACACAGUUUCGCCAUGGUUGGUGUAUUCGCAGCCCUUGUUUUUCAGCAAUUUGAAGAUGCUACCAUGUUUCGAGAACUGGCACUCGCAACGCAGGGCCAUUACGGUAACCCCCGUGCUUUUCAAACAAUUUUCGUUUCGUACCAAUAUUCAUUGGUAUGGACAAUUCCAUUGACUACGUGUGGAAGCGUCUUCUACGAUGGAUAUAUGAAGGGUAUGAGAAAUGGAGAAGUCGAUUUUGCAAUGUGGAGUUUGCUUUCACAUUUUGUACAGCUGCCAUGGGUUUUGGGCAAACCGAUUGAUCAAAUUUUGGAAGAAUGUCCCAAGAUUGUAGCUCAAAUGGAGGAAAUGUCGCAAACCAGUCAGGCUUUGAUUACAAAGGGUUACUGGCAAAUGUUCUUGAAUCUUCGGGAUCCGCAACAAGCCCAAGAUCCAUUGAAGAUCAAGGGCGAAGUGCUUGAUGUAGAAAAUCUAAAGCAGGUGGAUACAUUUAUUUCGGUAGUUCACGAGAGAACAGAAGCCGUACUUCUUAUUUUCUACGAUUCUGCAUCUGCUGCGGACAGGUCGAUCGAUAAUGCAGGUAUGAUGGAAAAACACGCGGCUGGUACCUAUGAGUGCAUGCUCGAUGCGUUCCAUCGAGCUUUAUCUCUGUAUGUCGCUGCUCGCAGAAUGAAACAACGGAAAUACAAACAACAUGCCAAGAAAACAAGGAAGCAAAUUUACAAAUGGAAAAGGAAAGGAAUUCCGAAUGUCGUUUACUUCUGUAUGUUUCUUGAUGCCGAGCAUGCGGCACUGGCAGGCAAACACGCCAAGGCAAAAAAGCAUUACCUGGAAGCCAUUCAGUUUGUGGCUAAAUCCGGCUUUCUGCAACAUGCAGCGUUGUUCAACGAGCUGUACAGUGAUUACUUGUUGCGAGAAAGGAAUGAUAGAGACGAGGCCAAGUACCGGUUGGAGGAAGCCAUUCGAUAUUAUGAGGAUUGGGGAGCGCUGGGGAAGGUUAAGAAGCUGAAAGAGUCACCUCUUUUGACGUAG